AUGCUGAAAGGAAUGAAAUCGAACGCCGAAGUGGAAGCUCUAGAAAGGAAAGUCAAGGAGCUUGAGGAAAGCUCGAAGAAUGAAGAAAUACAGCGGAAGCGAUUUGAAGAUGAGCUACGAAUGAAAACCGAGCAGUACGAAGAGAGUCGAGCAGCACUGGAACGUGAGCGUAUGCUGAUGGAAAAACGCAACCAGGAAAUCGAAGAGCUGUACAAGUCAUUGAAAGCCGAAACCGACAAAGCUGAAGAAGCAGGCCCGGAAGGCAAAGGAGUUGGAAAGGAAAAAGCGAAGGAGGCGAAGGAAUGGGCCGAAAAGAUAAAGAAAAUAUCCGAUCAAGAAGGGCGUGCACAGUCCACAAUUGCACAGAGCAGCAGCCUGUCGCUCUCGCAGCAGCAGCAGUAG